UGAGCACUGUUGAUAUCCACGACGCAUUGGUUGCUGCGCACAGCAUGGUCGAUUCGUUCACCAUACAGUUCAAAAAUGGCAAUACUUUCUACCAAACGCUGUGCAUGUGGAGGUGCAUGUGGAGAGUGAGGUGCAAGGCUGCGGACUCGAAAUGCAGGGACGCCAUGCAUACGCUGCCGAGUUCAGCCACUCCUGCCCCACCACUUGCCAUGCGACGUCACGUAAACAGUGGCCUAACUUGCACACCGUCUCUCUACAACACCACCUACACGUGAAAACCUAGCGACAACCUCCUUAACCUGCCAUUGCCCUUCGUUACUUUACAGCAUCAUGCAGUCUGGCAUUUCAGCAUCCCAGGAGCUCAAGUCCGCACUGGGCGAGCUCAUAGUCUCCUCCUCACAACGCGGUCUUGUCGCCCACAUCGACAAAGAAACCAUCAUCCCCGGAGCCACAAUCCCCUCAUCCGCCUCCACCUUCCUCGACGACCUCUCCAACCUCAGCUCCCACAUCAAGCCCAACGAAGCCCUCUACAUCCUCCUCCGCCGCGCCGACUCGCUCUCCUCCCCCGACAAGUCGCUUGUCGCCGUCACCUACGUUCCCAAUGCGGCCCCCGUACGGCAGAAAAUGCUGUUCGCUUCGACCCGGUUGACGCUGGUGCGCGAGCUGGGCGGCGAGCACUUCCCCGAAAGCAUAUUCACCACCGAGGCGGACGAGCUUACAGCUGCGGGGUGGCAGAAACACGUGCAGCACACGGAAUCCAGCAACCCGCUGACCGCGGAGGAGCAGUCGCUGCAGGACAUCAAGGACGCUGAGGCGCUUGAGAGCCGGGGCACGCGCGGACAGAGUCUUGCGCAGGGCGGCCGGCUGGCGAUACGCGUGGAUGAGGAGAUUGCAGGCGCGCUGCAGAAGUUGGGACAGGGUGGUGAUAAUCUCGUGCAGCUGAGGAUGGAUCCCGCGACUGAGACGCUACGCCUCGUUUCUUCGUCCACGGCAACACCCUCUACGAUUGCUAGCUCUAUCGACCCCAGGGAGCCGCGGUACAGUUUCUACCGCCACGACGACCCCGACGCCAGUAUCGUGUUCAUCAGCACGUGUCCGAGCGCGGCGAAGAUCAAGGAGAGGAUGCUGUAUGCUGCGAGCCGGGGGAAUGUGGUUGCUUUGGCGCAGAGUGAGGGUGGGUUGAAGGUUGCGAAGAAGUUGGAGGCGACGAACCCGGAGGAGGUUACGGAGCAGACUGUUUUGGAUGAGUUCAAGGUGGAGAAGGUCGAGGUUAAGCAGGGGUUUUCGAAGCCGAAGAGGCCGGGGAGGCGGUAGGCGGUGAUUGAUGUUUGAUCGAGAGGUGAGUUUGAUCGAGAGGUGAGGGUAACAGGUACUCCAAGACGACCGUCACGGGAGGUGUAGAUGAUGAGUAAGAAACAGCAAUCAUGAGUUUGAGCGUCU